CUUCAAAUAGCACGGUAUGGAACCAACAACUUCACACUUGUUCUCUUUCCUCUCUGCUUUCGUUGCUUCCAUAGCAGUCCACUCUUCCAACAUUCAUUGAAGAGUGGCUGUUACAUAACCAUAAUAAUUAAAAAUAACUCUCUCUCUCUCUCUCUCUCUCUCCCAUUCUUCACUACUUCCUCCCUUUAAUAAUCUCCUGGAUCAUUUUCUUAUUUCCAACUUAGCUUAGAUUACUUCGUCAUGUUCAUGUUCGUGUAAAGCUCGCAACUUUGCAUCUGGGUGGGAAAUGAGAACAACUGACUAAGCUUGAAAAUAGGAAAAAGAAUUGGUCUUUUGAUUGAUUUCAACUUGGGUUGUGAAAUGGAGUUCCCUUCCCUCUCUAUGAGGGCAUGUAAAAGUAAAACCAUGGGAGGUUGGACCCUUUUGUUGCCGCUAGUACUGCUGCUAUGGAGUUCUGUUGUGCAUUCGAAUUCAGAUUACUUGAUUGGUCUUGGAAGCUAUGACAUCACUGGUCCUGCAGCUGAUGUCAAUAUGAUGGGGUAUGCCAACGCAGAACAAAUUGCAUCUGGUGUUCACUUCAGGCUCAGGGCUCGUGCUUUCAUUGUCGCUGAGCCAAAUGGUAACCGGGUGGUGUUUGUGAACCUUGAUGCUUGCAUGGCUUCACAGCUUGUGACUAUCAAAGUUCUUGAGAGGCUGAAAGCAAGAUAUGGUGAUCUUUACACUGAAAAGAAUGUAGCUAUUAGUGGAAUUCACACUCAUGCUGGUCCUGGUGGUUAUCUCCAGUAUGUUGUGUAUAUUGUAACAUCCCUUGGAUUCGUUCGCCAGUCAUUUGAUGUCAUUGUUGAUGGAAUUGAGAAAAGCAUUGUUGAGGCCCAUGAAAAUCUCCACCCAGGAUCAAUAUUUGUUAACAAGGGUGAGCUCUUAGAUGCUGGUGUAAAUCGCAGUCCUAGUAUUGAUGCUGAAUGGGGUCCUGUUGGAAGCUUCAAUUGGUUUGCUACUCACGGAACCUCAAUGAGUCGUACAAACGCAUUAAUUAGUGGGGAUAAUAAAGGUGCUGCUGCACGUUUUAUGGAAGACUGGUUUGAGCGAAAAAAUGCUGUAAAAAUGGAUAAUGUUGGAUUUGAAGAUGGUGGCAUCCCCCGAAGAAUCUCAAACAUAAUUCCCAGCCUUAAUGAUAAUCACCAUGAACUACUGGAAAUCGCAGCCUCCUUCCAAUCUCCUCCUGGAAGACCAGUAACUAAAUCUUCGAGUAUUGCAAGACGCGUAAGAGGUGCUCUUAGGCAGGUUGACAAGCCUAAAUUUGUAUCUGCAUUUUGUCAAUCGAAUUGUGGUGACGUUAGUCCAAAUGUCCUUGGAGCUUUUUGUAUAGAUACCGGACUACCUUGUGACUUCAAUCAUAGUACUUGUGGAGGGAAGAAUGAAUUAUGCUAUGGCCGAGGACCAGGCUAUCCAGAUGAAUUCGAAAGUACACGUAUUAUAGGAGAGAGACAAUUUAAAAAAGCAGUGGAACUAUUCAGUGGAGCAUCUGAACAGAUUAAAGGGAAGGUUGAUUCUCGACAUGCCUACAUAGACUUCUCCAAGCUUCAGGUAAAUCUUCCGAAUUUCAAGGUAGUAAAGACAUGCCCCGCUGCAAUGGGAUUCGCAUUUGCUGCUGGAACAACAGAUGGACCUGGAGCUUUUGAUUUCACGCAAGGUGAUGAUCAGGGAAAUCCUUUUUGGAAGCUGGUCCGCAACUUGAUUAGAACACCAGGCCAGGAACAAAUUGAUUGCCAGAAGCCAAAGCCCAUUUUGCUUGAUACUGGUGAAAUGAAAGUACCAUAUGAUUGGGCACCUUCAAUACUUCCCAUCCAGAUCCUCCGAGUUGGACAGUUUGUUAUUCUUAGUGUACCAGGAGAAUUUACAACAAUGGCUGGAAGGCGUCUUCGUGAUGCAGUGAAGACAGUGCUAAGUGGUCACAAAGAUUUCGGUAACAACAUUCAUGUUGUUAUAGCUGGGUUGACUAAUACUUACUCACAGUAUGUGACAACAUUUGAAGAGUACGAAGUGCAAAGAUAUGAGGGUGCUUCCACGCUUUUCGGUCCACACACACUCAGUGCAUACAUUCAAGAGUUCACGAAGCUUGCAAACGCUCUCAUCAGUGGCCAGCCUGUAGAACCAGGGCCACAACCCCCGGAUCUCCUCGACAAGCAAAUAAGUUUGCUGACGCCGGUAGUGGUGGACACAACACCUCUGGGCUCAAACUUCGGGGAUGUCAUCUCUGAUGUGCCCAAGAACUCUACCUUUAAGAGAGGCGACAUGGUGUCGGUUACUUUCUGGUCUGCAUGCCCCAGAAAUGACCUAAUGACAGAAGGUACAUUCUCACUUGUGGAAUUCCUCCAAGGAAAGGAAACUUGGGUUCCUACCUAUGAUGAUGAUGACUUCUGCUUGAGGUUCAAGUGGUCGCGGCCUUCUAAACUCAGCUCGCGAAGCAAAGCAACCAUAGAAUGGAGAAUUCCACAGGAUGUAGCUCCUGGUGUAUACAGAAUAAAACAUUUUGGUGCUGCAAAGAGUUUGUUAGGAUCCAUUCGCCAUUUUACAGGUUCAUCAAGUGCAUUUGUAGUAGCAUAAAUAAAGGGGAGGGAUGGUGAAUACUCAUUAUACAUGCCUAAAGCUAUUUUUUACUACAUUGUUGUUGAUUUCUUCUGAUACUGAGUUCUCUAGCAGAACACCAUGAAUCAAAGGUUGAAAUAGUUGAUUAA